CAAGGCAGCUCCUCCGGGGGGUGGGAGAGCCCCCCCACCCCCUCUGUUCGCCUCCAGCUCCUCCUGCGCCCGCCCCGGCACCGAUUGUUGACAAAGACACCGCGAGACGGAGUGGAGAAGCGAAAUCGGUCCAAAAAAGCGUCCGGUUCAGGGAUCGAUCCGUUGGACUCGACUUUAAUCCGCAGAUCGACCACAUCUGACCAAAGACGGAAUCGGGAAUCCUCAGUUGUUUGGGUGAAACCAAGGUGUGGUCAAGGUGAUUCGGUAAUCGAUGGUGGUCGGACCGCAGACCUCGUCGUAAGAGGGCCCCCCGCUUCUCUCCUGCGUUUCCCUGUGUCUUGUGAAACCCUUGGCCGGCCGCAGCUCCUAUUUACCGACCAGGCCAGGCGGCGGUCAAGAUGGGUCAAUCCGUCUGACUGAAAGUGCCACCAGUUCAGCGCUCCGAGGGAGGAGGAAGCAGGGAGAAGGUGUAUUCGACGGGAAUGGUGUGAGCUGAGACCGCCAGGCAGUCUGGAUCUAACCGGGGACCCGUCUUUCUCGCGGAGCCUUCGCGGCCCCAAGCCCCGUCCUGAACCCUCCAAGAUGGGGAAAUGUGAUGGGAGAUGCACCCUCUUGGCUAUAUGUUCGCUGCAGUUGGUGGCAGCACUCCAGAGGCAAGUGUUUGAUUUCCUGGGCUACCAGUGGGCCCCCAUCCUGGCCAACUUCCUCCACAUCGUGGCCAUCAUCUUGGGCAUGUUCGGCACCGUGCAGUUCCGCUCCAGAUACCUCAUAUUUUAUGCGGUGUGGUUGGUGAUGUGGGUCGGCUGGAACUCUUUCAUCAUCUGCUUCUACCUGGAGGUUGGACACCUGUCCCAGGACAGGGACUUUCUGAUGACUUUCAACACGUCACUCCAUCGCUCUUGGUGGAUGGAGCAUGGGCCUGGUUGCCUGGUAACGCCGGUGCUCGACUCCCACCUCGCCCCGGACGACCACCAUGUCAUCACCGUUUCUGGGUGUCUCCUUGACUACCAGUACAUCGAGGUGCUGAGCUCGGCACUACAAGUCUUGUUGGCGCUCUUCGGUUUUGUUUACGCCUGUUAUGUGAGCAAAGUCUUCCAGGAUGACGAAGACAGCUUCGACUUCAUUGGUGGCUUUGACUCCUAUGGCUACCAGCCCCCACAGAAGUCCUCGCACCUUCAACUCCAGCCACUUUACACGGCUGGUUAGGUGUCAGCAGUGCCCCCUUGAGGCUAAACCGUGACAGUGCCGCUGUGGAUGGAAACCUGGUCACCAUGACAACACUCUGCUGUGUGUGUCACAAUCACACUGAAGAACGGAUUUCCCCCCACCCCCUCAUCCAGGAGGAGAGAGAUGUCUUAGUCUGUGUGUGUGAGAGUGAGAAAGAAAGUAAGAAAGAAAGUGGACUGGAGAGAGUGUGCAUGUAAGCCAGAAUGUUGUGUGUGUUUGGGCUGUGUGUGUGUGUGUGUGAGAGAGAGAGAUUAGGCGACAUUAGGUGUGUGAAAGUGAGAGCGAGAGAAUGCUAGUGAGAGAGAGACAUUUACCCUGAAUAGAAUGUAUAGAGCUCAGGGAUGUACCAGCAUGCGGGAUGACGUGAUGAAGGUGACAGGAAGCAAAGAACAGGAAAUGGGUGGGCGGAGCUACAGGACACUACUAAGAGGUCACCCAGGAAACACUUCAACAAACUGCCAGCUCUCCACACUCCCGACAGUGUGUGUGUGUGUGUGUGUGUGUGUGUGUGUGUGUGUGUGUGUGUGUGUGUAUGUUUUGUGUGUGUGUGUGUGUGUGUGUGUGUGCCUCCACACUAAUAGCUUGUCCUCAGUGAAUGCACCCUGGACUCUGUCACUUGGUGCCUCUCAAGUGUUUUCCACUUUGGGUGUCACGUAAUGAUGAUGAUGAUGAUUAGGAUAAUAAUAAUAAUAAUAAUGAAAGAGGCACCGUUCUUCCAUAUCGUUGUUUUAGAAUGUGAUGAUGUCAUGCUAGAGCAGUCUUAACGAGAAAAUGCUCGGUCCCAAAGCCAUCAGUUCUACACACUGUCCACUGAAUUAAAAGCCCCACCCCCCGCGGGUUAGUCCGGGUAACACUAAACCACUAAACUGUUGAAGAAUUUAGCCUAUAGGGUUAACGGUACACCAGGAAGCUGUUUGUACGACUCUACAGGUGAAUUCAACAAUACAGUCACGAGGACAGGCAGGCAAGUAUCUCCAAAUCAAAAGGUCCUACGCUUAUUACUGAAGCACAAAAUGAUCCGUCCUAGACAUGUAAUCUGUAAGUUAGAUGGCGUUGGGAUUUGGCAAUAGUGUGUCUGGGAGGGGGGGGGGGUACUGUGCAUGUAAAUAUAACCAGCCAGUAAUUGUUUUGUUGGUUUUUAUAACUAGAAAUGGGAGGGGUCACUUUUAGGGUCAGGGGUCAGGAGGGGGGGAGGGGUUGGAAUAGGGGGGGAGGCCAGACACAAACUCAAAAGUUUCUCCAUCACACCUGUAUGUCUUAGCUUCACUGGUGGCGAGGCCCACCUGCACCACCAUCUAUUGCCACUAGCAACGACUCCGAAGGCUCUGAAGGAUUUCUGUGUGCACCUGUCGUCGAGGUGCACACAGCGUCCCUAAAAGGGGGAUGUAAAUUUGUUGCUGCUGAUAGGAGAUACGAACAUACAAACGGUGGUCUACAUAGAGAGGGUGUGGGGUCCAUUUUGAGUGUUGAGAGGUUCAAGGUAAUAAAAAAAAAAAUCACUUUCUAAAUUAAA